AUGGAUUUGCUAACCUUACCUUCUUGUGCUCCCCAUGCCCAUGGCAUUGCAAUCGAUGAUCAUAGAAAACUGGGAAAAGUGGGCUUGAAGCUUUCACAACUUCAAAUGAAGAACAAGCGGGCUUUGAUGCCAUACCUCACCGCUGGCUGCCCAAGUCUUGAUACUACUGCCGACGCACUCCGGCUGCUAGCUGCCGGAGGUGCCGAUGUGAUCGAGCUUGGAAUCCCUUGCUCAAAUCCUUUCGCUGACGGUCCAAUAAUACGCAAUUCGGUUACGAAGUCGAUGGAAAACGGCACGAAUCUAGACUCUGUUCUGUCCAUGGUCUGCGAGGUUGCACCGACGCUGUCUUCGCCACUGGUUUUAUUGACGUACUUUGAGACCAUAAGCGAGUGUGGUGCUCAACGUUUCUUUCGAGACAUCAAGGCAGCUGAUGUUUCUGGCCUUAUCGUUCCGGAUCUUCCAGCCGAAGAAACUCGGGCGUUUGCUCUGCUAGCCGCAGACUACGACAUUGAGCUCGUACUGUUGGCUACACCCACGAGUUCCAGGAGAAGGUUGCAAGAGAUAGCGGCACUCUCACGGGGCUUCAUUUAUCAGGUGAGCUCCACCGGACAAACUGGGCCUCGUCCCACUGUCAACGGCCAAGUCGAGCUCCUUCUGAAGGAGUUGAAAGAGCUUACCGACAUUCCCAUCGCUGUUGGGUUUGGGAUCUCAAGACCCGAGCAUGCAACGCAAAUUGCCAAGUGGGGGGCCAACGGAGUUAUCAUCGGGAGCGCUCUAGUGAAGACACUCGGUGAUAGGAGCUCACCGCGUCCUCGUCUCGAAGGCCUGGCUCGAGCUGGAGAUUUGAUCGCUGAGUUUCGACAAGCUCUAGACCAACAAUCUCUGAUCCAGCCGCUUCCAGAGAAGAAUAACAUGCUUUCGAUUUGAUUCGCGUCAUU